AAAAAUGGUUUUUAACAGAAAACAUCUCUUAUUAUUUUAUGACAUAAUCUGCUUUGAUGAACGUGAAUGUGCAUGUGUUGUUGUUCGUUGUCUGUGGACGGCCUGACAUUGUAAACAAGGUGAGUGACUAUACGUGACUACAAAUGUACUGUGGUUCCCAAACGGGCACCAACCACUGGAUUUAGUAAAACAAAACACACUUUUAGUUGACACUAAGGAUUAUGAGAAAUUCCUGAUUUAGGGACACAUUUUUCAUUGUGGUCGUUUUUAACGGUAUUAGAUACCAUGUAAACAGCUAUACAACAUACUGCUUCACCGUGAAAUCAAUUUUCUAUAGUCAAUAGUCCUCAACUGUUUCACAUCUUUUUAUCACAAUGGCAACAUCACUGCACAAAGCGCAAAUCCCUUUCCGGGUUAAAGGUCAAACCACCUGUAUUCACCACAAGGCGGAACAAUUGGACCUUUACUGUGAAGAAUGCCAACAACUUGCAUGUACUAACUGUCUGUCUAUUGUACAUAAGAGCCAUCCAUUGUGUAGAUUAGAUCAAAUAACUCCCAAAAAGAAAGAAGACAUCCAAAACUACAUAGACAAAACCGAGAAAGCUGACCUGGUACAAAUCGACCAAUACAUCACUGCUACUGAGGAACAUUUAAAGGACAAUGCAAAUAACUUUGAAAAACUUUCACAUCAGUUAAAGACGCAAACUAACAAAUUAAAACAUGAUCUUGACCUAAUUACAGCUGAGACGUUGUCUCUCUAUCAACAAAUGGAGGAGGAUAACACCAAACUACUACAAACCUACAAACAGGACCUGGAAAUGUACAGUACACAGCUGAAACAACAAGUGCAAGAUUUGAAGACAGCACUUCAGCGGGGCUCUGACAUACAAAUCUACGACGCAGGAUCUGAAAUUCAAUCUUCUGUCACACCCCCUGUUAAACCUACCCUGGGUACCGCUAGCUUCAGUCCUAACCGAAAUCCUCAGAAUUUUCUGGAACAAGCAUUGGGAAAAGUUAACAUCUCAAGUCAAGGUCAUGGUCAAGCCUUACAAGAACAUUAUCGUUCAGUAGGAUCAUAUGCUGGGCAAGGAUUACUCUCUACACAACUCCAGUCAAAACUAAAGGUUAAGACACCAUCUACUCAACAGAGAUCAAACGGAAGAAAGGACGUGUCCGGUCCAGUGUUUACCUUGUUGUCUCAAACCAAGGUGUUGGGGGAUUGGGAGUCUCCAUGUGGCAUCACUUGUGUAUGUCCCACCACUGAUGGUCAGGUGUUGACCAGUUACUAUGGCGGUGACACCAUAACUCUCCAGGACAGGAAGGGCAAAGUUAUACAGGAGGUUAAACACAAUACUUUGAUAGGUGACAUAAGUCUGUCACCUACAACCAACACACUGUGGGUCUGUGACUGGCUAAACAACCUCACAGAGCUCGUGUCAGGACGACUAGUACACAGAUUCAGUACCAGGAAGACACCAAGGUGUAUCUGUAUUACAGCUAGUAACCAUGUCAUUGUAGGGAUGGUCAAACAUAUCUCCAAAUUUACCACAAAAGAUAAACUGGUAGUUACUACAUCAGCUAAGGGAAAGACACUAGUGUGUACACCACACAGGAUCUCAGAGUGUCCUGUCACUCACAAUGUCGCAGUGGUUGACUUGGAUAUAAAAUAUAAUGGUGGUGAAGGGAAAGCACAUGUUGUUGUCAUGGACACAGAUUUCAAGGAACUAUUUGUAUAUGAUGGUAAAGUCCCACAUACCUUUAAAUCAACAUCACAGUCAGGAGGUAAACGAUUUAACCCCUCUGGUGUGGUGUAUGAUAGUGUUGGUAACCUAGACAUAGGGGACUAUUACAACAACCGUAUCCUACUCAUCAGUGGGCGUGGUGAGUUCCUCAGGAUCAUCCACACAGAUGACGACUGGACACGGUCUAUUGGUGUAGACAGGGAGAAUGUCCUGUGGGCAGCGUUUGGGUUUAACAAUGUCAAACUACUACAGUACAGCAGUGUGUGACGACUGGACAAAAUAUCAUGUGUAUAUAAAGUAACAAACACUGAAAGGAUGAUGGAAAUUGUCUUGAAAAAUUUCAACACAAGAUGUAAACUACGGAACUAAGAAGUGU